CAAGUCACGCGGAUUUGCUUGCAAUGGAUUAAUUUUGAAAUUAAAGUAGGGCAACACAAUAUUUUCUCUGGACAUACAAUUUUUUUUAGGUUAGUCGUCUGGAAUCAUUGGUUUAUUGCGGACUGGCAUGGUAAGCUUUGUCGCGCAGUUACACCUACUCGCCGAGGUUUCCAUAUUUUGUUUGCAAAAUGAUUGAGUUUAAGAUAAAAACGUUAGAUGGAAAGGAUCAUAACUUUUCCGUGGACGAUGAGAUCACUGUGCACCAACUUAAACUAAAGGUGCUGGAACAAAUGGGAGUCGAAAUUGAACUCCAGCGUCUCAUCUUUUGUGGAAGAGUGUUACAAGAUGACAAACGAUUAGCAGAAUAUGAUGUGAAUAAGAAGGUUGUCCACAUGGUGCAAAAACCUCCACCCGGUUUGGAGAGUCAACAGUCCGGGUCGCGAGACAGAGAGCCUGAAAGGGACAACUUAUUCCUGGGCCCCCAAUUAGGACAUAGUUCCUCCAUUACUGCAGAGCCACUGAUGAUCACUGAUUUCACCAAUGCAACUAAUCAGCAGAUUCGAAGGCUUAUGUCAUUGGCCGCUAAUGCUCAAGGGAUUGAGAUCGAGGAGCAGCCGGGGUCAAACCUCUCGCCAUCAGCAUCCCGUAUGGAGUUCCUUAGCCGUCUCAUCACAGAGAUAAGAACGAACCUUGAUGCAUUAAGACGUAGCGAGAGCAAUGAACCCCAUAUAAUUACUACCGAGGAUCCGCUGGCUGCAGAACGUGACCCACCAUUUAGUUCCGUGCCCGUAGAGGUGAUGUUUACUAUGAACCAAGACCUUCUGCUAUAUCAGGUUGAUCAUGGUGUUGGAGCUACGCGGGUAGGCAGGGGACGCAGGAUUCGCGCGAUGCGGGGCAUUACUCAUACACAGCCAGAUGACUUCGCCAUGCUCGUGGAAGAGCUGCACGAGCUGGAGAGCGCGUUUGCGUCCUUCAGGGAGAUUUACAUUAACACACUGUACCAGGCGAGCGACUCUGAGGUGACUCUCACCGAACAGACGUUGCAACGCAGGCAGACGACCGCGGACCUAUGCUCUGAACUGUACCACUCGUUCGCGCACGCCUACCACACCAUCAGCGAUAUCGGCAUUUUGAUGUCGCACUCCAACUCGCGGCUCACUUCGGAGGCUUUGAUGCGUCAUCCGUUGCCAGUACAUGCUCACAUUAACGUCGUCCAAGCAACACCGAUACGUCGCCCGGCCCAAAACAGCGCUCAAUCAGGUGCAAGCACGAGCCAAUCCUCAGCCAGAGCCGGCCGACAGGCACCUACCAGCGCCGAACUUGCUGAAUAUGAGAAUCUAUUAAGAGAAUUCGGUGUGAAUACCAGCGGCGGUGUGGAGGUCGUUAUGAGUAUGGAGGAAAUUCCCCAUUUGGCUGGAGCUGCGGCCAACAACAACUCUGGACAAACACCUGGCUCUCCUUUCCUGUCCGAAGACGGAGUGUACCUCACCCCGACCGUAUUGUUGAACAACAUUUUGACAUCAGUGCUUCGCCCGGGCCUGGUCCCAGGAAUGGAGGGGGCUGUGCACGCCGCAGUGCAACACGUCCAGGGUCAGACUCCGAGUCAAGGGCAAGGCGCAAGCCAAGCUCAAAAUCAAGGGCCUUCCCAACCCCAACCGCAAUCCCAACCGCAAUCCCAACCGCAAUCCCAACCGCAAUCCCAACCGCAAUCCCAACCGCAAUCUCAACCGCAAUCCCAACCGCAAUCCCAACCGCAAUCCCAACCGCAACCGCAAUCCCAAUCCCAAUCCCAAUCCCAACCGCAGAGGCAGCCGCAACCCCAGGCUGAAAAUCAGCCUCAGCCCGAAAAUCAAACUUCGCCUCGGACUCCGACGCAGCGAAACACAAACGCGAGGCAACCUCCGCGUUCUCGUGGUCCGCGGGUGCAAACGCAGGUCCUGUCGAUCUUCAACUUGGUGUACGACCGUUUCUUGCAGUGCGACAGCUUGCACGCUAGGCAACAACUGCAACGGCGUCGGGAUGAGAGCGUUCGUGCCGGAGGACCUCGUCUCCAUGGCAACACCUCUACACGCAUUCAGAACAACGUUGAAACUUUGUACGAGCGGUUUGAUAGACACGCAUUAGACGACGAAUCAUUGAUGAUUGCUGUUAAUGUUUUAUUGCGUGAGACGAUUUCUUUCUCCUCGGGAAGGACUCUGGAGCCCUACGAGUUGAUGCCACUGCGGCGCCGUCUCCAAGUGUACGUGACCGUACUGGUGGAGGGAGAUUACGUAAUUGGGACGCAGCAGCGACUGAUCAAUCUGAUCUUUCAGCGUCACUCUAAUUUCAUCGACCGCAUUAUGGCAAUAACUCCCAUACGUGGACACGUCGACUUGAUUGAAUCCAUGAAAGCAGUGUUCAACCGCUUUUUGGAGGAUGCUGUGGUUGUGUUGGACCUCGAGGACAUAGAUAUGUUUGCGAGAAGUUUUCGUUCCGUGGUCCCGCGUUUGUUCUACGAGCUAUGCGGCGUGAUUUCGUGUUGCUGCUCGGAGGGAGUGGAGGGACUCAGGAAGAUAUAUCGCUCGUUCAUGGCCGACCUGAUGCAAAACCUGGAUGAGCCGGUGCGUGACUUGCUGCAUAGCCUUGCCAUGGAGAACUUGAACGCCGCCAUUUUGCGCGUGGAGCAAAACCGCGUCCACUCCACACAGUUCAUACGCAGCAGAGAUUUUGGGUCCACUUCGCACACAGGUGAUUCUAGAGGCUUCGGCCCGCAAAGUUUUUCGGAUUCUGCAAAUAGCGAUGUGCCAAAGUCAGACAAAUCGGACAUCACUGACGACACAGACGACACAGACGACGCUGACGACGUCGACGUCGACGACGACGACAACACAGACUCUAAAGACUUUGAGCCAAUCAUUGAUGUUGAAGAGACCAACGAGCCAGAGCACGUUCCGAAAACCCCAGAAAUGCCGCCCCCUAUGCAGACGAUGGAGGUAUCUCCAGGCGUGAAUGUCGAGAAGCCAGCUGAGGUGAAGCCGACGCCCGAAGCAACGGCUGCUUGGCGCUCAUCGGGCGCUAUACGACGCGAAGCCAUCAUGCAACAUCGUGCCAGAGUGCAAGAGGAACAAAGGGCUGCUAGGGCCAAUGCUGCGGCGAUUAGUCGCGACGCACACAGGAUUGCACCACAUUUCAACUCAGCUGGAGAGUGUAGUCAGGUACGGCGUGCACCAGAUGAUGACUUUGUGUGGGCAGGACCGUCGGGCCUUAACCAAAACAUAUUCAGGACGGAUACGUUCCUCUACACUGGCUCGAUGCCAAGUACUGAGUCGAGCACGGAGAGUGAUUAUAGCUCCACACCCAGCCCUCCCCCCGCGCCGCCGUCUAACCUUGACAACCUGCCAGCCAGCCAGCCACCGCGCGACAUCUCCUCAUGUGGACCAUCCAGGCCAGAGAUUCUACCUCCAGCCUUGCCCGAUCCGAGGGUCGAGCCUUCGACGCCGCUUCCAGCGCCGCUCGGCCCCAUCAAUGGAUUGGUUAGCAGCCGUCCAGAGAUUAACGGAAGGGUUAUAGCUACGCAUAACCGUGGUCGGUUCAGGCCCACCCGACCCAAAUCCGGCUCUACGAACCCGCCGGAGUCAUCCGAUUCUGAUGAUAUUUUCGUGCCAAGUGCGCACAUAGCGCAGCACUGGGGCGACGCGUGGCGCCCCGCGAUCACACGCGACGUCCAGCGACAGAGGCCGGCGACCGACGACCCCUUCAGCGACGUGUACCUCACGGGCAUGCCGCCAAAGAAGCGCCGCUGCCUGCGCCAGUCCCGACCGCCGACUACGUUGAACGCUUUCAUCACUGAGAGCGUGAACGCAGUGUCGGAGACUCGCGCCGCGGUGCAGGGCGAGGAGCUGCGCGCGUCGGUUCGCGAGCACGUGCGCUCGCUGUCGCAGACGCGCGCCGCCGCCUCGCCCGACUACGAGCCGCGCCGCUACGCGGGCACCGCGCGCUUCCUCAGCCAGCCCAGAAAAAUCCCGCGGAGGUCGCCGGAAAAAAGUCAUGAUUAAGGGGACGUCCUUUUAACGGGCUAAAGUUAAAAAGUUAAUUGUGUUGCAUUUUUGUGUAAAAAAAACUUAAAAUGAACUAUAUAAUAUUUUUCAAUUAAUGUUGACGCCAUGCGGUUUCACCCGCUUGGUUUUUGUUCCCGCAGGAAUACGGGGAUAAUAUAUAGCCAAUAGCCUUCCUCGAUAAAUGGGCUAUCUAACACUGAAAGAAUUUUAAAAUCGGACCAGUAGUUCAAUCAAUAAAACAAACAAACUCUUCAGCUUUAUUAACCGACUUCCAAAAAGGAGGAGGUUCUACGUUCGGCUGUAUGUAUGUUUUUUUUUUAAUAAUAGUAUAGAUGAUUGUAGGGUGAAAAAUAUGGCUUUGUAUACAUAACAUUUUUCAAAGUGAUUAACAUGAAACGUUUGUUUCUAGUAACACUGGAACCGCCAAUUUUGUUGUUUGUAUUGUUGGUGGAUUGGACCAAAAUAAAUUAAAAAUACUCCCGAGCACCCUGUAAACAAAUAAAUCAAUAUAGAAAUAGAAAUUUGUAAAUAUAAACAUCUUCUCUAUUUUGGAUGAUAUUAUCACGAAAUGCUAUUAACUUUUUAACUUGGCAAGGGUAUGAAAAUAAGGAAAGUGUUGUGCAAUUGCGCGAACAUUUAUAUUACUGUGACUAAAGAUAAUAUUAUAUUAGAUGAACUACCUUAUUAUGUAAGUUUGUAUCAAUUUUCAAAAAAAAAAAAGAAAAUCAUAAUUUUGAUAUUGUAUACUGUCAUCACUGUAUGUACAUGCGACUGAAACAAAAUCAUUAUAACAGUAAAAUAUUUUUGUAUUGUGUUUAUAAUCUGAAAGUUAUUUUUAACAGUAUUAUAGAUUUAAUUUUCCAAAAAAUAAUUUAUUUCAUAUUACAAGAAAGCAAAUAUGUCUGGUUAUAACGUUAAACCGAUUUUGAUAAUUAAUAUUUCUUAUACACGGGAUAUAGAUAUGUAUACCUUUUACCUUUGUCACCAAAGUAAAACUUCAGGGAUUCAUUGUGAAUGACAUGAGUAUUUAUAAUUAAAAUAAUGUAUGCGAAAUUAUUAACACAGAACUCUACAUGGAAUUAUGCCAACUAAAGUAAUUCAAUUGGCAAUUCCCACACCUACUAAUUUUGUGUUUUUUGUUAGGGUGUUACUUUGAAUUUCUCUAUUAAACCACUUCUAUAAUAUCAUUUAAAGAAGAUAACGCUAACCAAUGACCUCAUAUAAUAAAAGGACGCACAAUCAUGCUUUGACAGUUAUUGGUAAAGAAAAUUAUACAUGAAGACCCUUAGAUCCAAUAUUCAAUAAAAUCCCAAAUUCGAAGCAAAUUUAACCUUAAGGAUUGAGUUUAAGGUUGAAUUUGCAAAUGCGACUACUUGAAUUGAGUGCCUAGAAGUUAUGUUUGGCACUCAUUGAGUGGUAACGUUUUUUGGUCGCUGAUUGUGCAUCCACUUUUUAAUAGGAGAUCGAUGACGUCAACUCAAUAGUAGCAUAUAUUUUAGGUAAUAGAUUGAAAUUUUUAUCUUAUUUGAACUUACAUAAUAUGGUUGUGUUUAUUAGGAUAAAUUUAAUGAAUUAAUUUCGUCAUCGUUUCGUCAAUAGAACGACAGCGAUAUUGUAGUAAAAUAAGAUGUUUAAAAAAAUAGAUGUUAGAAUUGUCAGACCUUAUGUCAAUGUAUGUAACUCGCGUAAAAAGAGCUGACACGCAUGAAUUUAAAAAUUAGUCUUUGUUAUUUAAUAAUAAUUAAAUUUACAUGUACAUAAAUACGACUUUAUUUAUAUAUUUUUUAAUUUUAUUUUAAUGAGUUAGUUUUUUCUCACAAAACUUCAGAAUUUAUGCAAUAACCACUAUAUUCAAAGUAAUGAAAAUUAUCUUGAAGUUUUUUUUUUAAAUAUAAUACAGUGAAUAAAAGUAACUAAGUCUAAAAAUCAGAUUUUUCGUACUUCAAUGUUAUGACGUGUCUGUAAUCUAAUAAAAUUUAUUUAUAUUUUGAUUACCUAUAUAUAAAAACUAUUAUUUUUAGGCUUGUUUAACAGAAAUGAACAGUAACCUUGAACUGAAAUGAAUUUAAAUGAAUGGACUAAAAUGGUCUUAAGAACCAAAAGAACCUUAUUUUAUUAUUUAUAUGUAUACUUAAUGUACUCAAAGGCACGAUUAUCAGCCCAAUUUAAUAUGACGCGAGUAUAUUAAAGUGUUACUAUACUAAAACUGUUAUUUAACUUAAUGUACAUAUAGUGAUAUCAAACUUUUACACUAACUUACACUGUAGUGCGUGCCAGUUCUUGACGUGCAGUUUUAUUAAACCACUGCAUCGCAUAAAAUAUUCACAAACAGUACUUAUUUAAAUGUAUUUUGAUGUUAUUUGGUGUUUGUAGAUAUCCGUUGUUUGGCAUUCAAAACUGUGAGUUACUGUUUACUUACGGUCGUUUUCAAUAACCUACCCAAGAUUACGGAUAGAUAGCUAUCCUCGAUUAUCAGUAACAAUCAAAUUAUCUUUACAUAGUCAAAUUAUCUGUCAGUAAGUUAUUGAUAAGCAGAUAAGAACAGAAAGAUAGAUUUUCUUAACUUUAGUAAGCGAAUUGGUUUUUGAAAACGGCCUUAAAAGAUAAUCAUGUUGUAAAAUAUCGAAUGAUAUAAAAAAAUAUAUCCUAAUUACUUUCAUUCAAUAGGGGAUAAUAAUGUUAUACAAAUUAAGGCCAGAUAUUUUUAUUUUUGUAUUCCUUAUUGGUAUGUAUUAAUACUUACAAUAAUAUAUAUUUUUUUUAUUUACUCAGUUUAUGUUAUGUUUUCUUAGUUAUUAAAAACUGUUAAGUCCCGGGAAAAUUUUUCUCUGCAAAUAGUAAAUGGACUUUAGUUUCGUAUUUAUCAUUACAGAGCCAAACCCGUUAAACGUGCGCUAAAAAAGUUCGCUAUUGGCCCGUUCGUAAAGUGAAGUACUUUUCCACGUUAACAAAUUCAGACAACCUAUAUAAAGUGUCUUGACAUUUGUGAAACAAUCUAAGAGUUUAAUUUGCAGAAAAUAAUAAUGUUUUGUCUCGGGACCUUUAUCAUAAUUUUGUUACGCCAGAAAAUAAAAAAAAAAUAUAAAAAAAAACCUACCUGCAUAUUUCCUACUAGGAUUUUUUUAUUAUUAUCUAAUAUAAUAUAUCUUAUAAUACUCAAAUAGAAAGCUGUACCGUUAACAAAAUGUAGUUAAUUCAUCAAAUCCUGUUUACAGUUUUGAAUGGAGAACAGCAAUAUGUGUUUACAUAUAUUAUAAUGAACUCUUUUGGUCGAUAUAUUCUGAAUGUUAGAUUAAUUUUUUGAAAUAUUACUAAUAUGUGAAUUCUACACUUUAUUCUAUGUGUUAUUAUAAUGCAUGUAUUCGUUAGUAGGAGGCUUGAAAUGCAAAUCUUCUGUAACUCGUUCUUUAUUAUUGAGAUGUGGAUGGAUUGGACAAAUGGAUUUUGUGGAGAGGCAUAAUUGUCAGACAGAAAUGGGUUCAAAUCCCGUCAGUUCUGAAAUUUUUGUGAAGCGGUAAAAUUGUCAGACAGAAAUGGGUUCAAAUCCCGUCAGUUCUGAAAGUUUUGUGGAGAGGCAUAAUUAUCAGACAGAAAUGGGUUCAAAUCCCGUCAGUUCUGAAAAUUUUGUGGAGAGGCAUAAUUGUCAGACAGAAAUGGGUUCAAAUCCCGUCAGUUCUGAAAUUUUUGUGAAGCGGUAAAAUUGUCAGACAGAAAUGGGUUCAAAUCCCGUCAGUUCUGAAAGUUUUGUGGAGAGGCAUAAUUGUCACACAGAAAUGGGUUCAAAUCCCGUCAGUUCUGAAAUUUUUGCGGAGAGGCAUAAUUGUCAGACAGAAAUGGGUUCAAAUCCCGUCAGUUCUGAAAUUUUUGUGAAGCGGUAAAAUUGUCAGACAGAAAUGGGUUCAAAUCCCGUCAGUUCUGUAGUUUUUGUGAUGUGAUUUCUACAAAAAUUUCUUUCUGUCCUCUGAAUCUUUAUACAUUAAUUUUUAAAAAUAUCUUACUUGGGUUUAACCCUAAGUGUAAAAACUAUAUAAACAUAAAAUAUAUCCCGUCAGUUCUGAAAUUUUUGUGAAGUGGCAUAAUUGUCAGACAGAAAUGGGUUCAAAUCUCGUCAGUUCUGAAAUUUUUGUGAAGUGUCAUAAUUGUCAGACAGAAAUGGGUUCAAAUCCCGUCAGUUCUGAAAUUUUUGUUAAGUGUCAUAAUUGUCAGACAGAAAUGGGUUCAAAUCCCGUCAGUUCUGAAAAUUUUGUUAAGUGUCAUAAUUGUCAGACAGAAAUGGGUUCAAAUCCCGUCAGUUCUGAAAAAUUUGUGGAGAGGCAUAAUUGUCAGACAGAAAUGGGUUCAAAUCCCGUCAGUUCUGAAAUUUUUGUGAAGCGGUAAAAUUGUCAGACAGAAAUGGGUUCAAAUCCCGUCAGUUCUGAAAGUUUUGUGGAGAAGCAUAAUUGUCAGACAGAAAUGGGUUCAAAUCCCGUCAGUUCUGAAAUUUUUGUUAAGUGUCAUAAUUAUCAGACAGAAAUGGUUCAAAUCCCGUCAGUUCUGAAAUUUUUGUGAUGUGAUUUCUACAAAAUUUCUUUCUGUCCUCUGAAUCUUUAUACAUUAACUUUUAAAAAUAUCUUACUUGGGUUCAACCCUAAGUGUAAAAACUAUAUAAACAUAAAAUAUAUCCCGUCAGUUCUGAAAUUUUUGUGAAGUGGCAUAAUUGUCAGACAGAAAUGGGUUCAAAUACCGUCAGUUCUGAAAUUUUUGUUAAGUGUCAUAAUUGUCAGACAGAAAUGGGUUCAAAUCCCGUCAGUUCUGAAAUUUUUGUUAAGUGUCAUAAUAGUCAGACAGAAAUGGGUUCAAAUCCCGUCAGUUCUGAAAAUUUUGUUAAGUGUCAUAAUUGUCAGACAGAAAUGGGUUCAAAUCCCGUCAGUUCUGAAAAUUUUGUGGAGAGGCAUAAUUGUCAGACAGAAAUGGGUUCAAAUCCCGUCAGUUCUGAAAUUUUUGUGAAGCGGUAAAAUUGUCAGACAGAAAUGGGUUCAAAUCCCGUCAGUUCUGAAAGUUUUGUGGAGAGGCAUAAUUGUCAGACAGAAAUGGAUUCAAAUCCCGUCAGUUCUGAAAUUUUUAUUAAGUGUCAUAAUUAUCAGACAGAAAUGGUUCAAAUCCCGUCAGUUUUGAAAUUUUUGUGGAGAGGCUUAAUUGUCAGACAUAAAUGGGUUCAAAUUCCGUCAGUUCUGAAGUUUUUGUGAUGUGAUUUCUACAAAAUUUCUUUCUGUCCUCUGAAUCUUUAUACAUUAGUAGUAGUAUACCGUCAGUUCUGAAAUUUUUGUUAAGUGUCAUAAUUGUCAGACAGAAAUGGGUUCAAAUCCCGUCAGUUCUGAAAAUUUUGUUAAGUGUCAUAAUUGUCAGACAGAAAUGGGUUGAAAAAAUUUUUCUGAGGUGGCUUAUUUGUUUUUACAAUUUUGUGUUUACUUACAUUAUAAAUUUAUGUUUAUAUAGUUUUAUACACUUCCUGAACAAACAACCCGACAUUAUAGACGAUAUAUUAUAUGUAUUAAUUGUUGAAAUAACUGUUGUUGUACCAUGCGAGUAAAUGAAAUCAACGAGCUACUGACAUAUCUAAUAGUAUAAAAUCUUCGUUUCUAUGUAAAUAAAACAUUUCCCUUCGUUACUCCGAAAAUUUGCAUUUCAUGUUUCACAUGUUUAAAUAGCUGUUUAAAGAUAAUUACUUACGAUACAGGAUAGUCGGUGUAUUGUUUAGUAUUAGGAUCGAUGUCGUAUUUACGAGCUCAACGCGUUAUUUCAUGUUAGCGAAAAUUUAAAAAAUACAAUACAUAUAUGUGGCAUUAGAAAUAUACAACGGUGUUUAAUUUUAAAUAACGUUGUCUAAUUUUUAAUAACGCAUAAUAUUGAAAUAUUGUAGGUACACAUUUAAACUUCAUAGAAUUGGAACUUAACAAAAUGUUAUCAGAUUUUUGUUUGAUAAAAAUAGUAAUAUAUGUAUGUACACUACUUUUUACUUCGUGUAUAUUGGUUGGUAUACAUGUUAUGGUCUAAGGGCCUGAGGUGACCAGAGCAUCGUAAUUUCAUAAAUUUUGAAAGUUUCUCAGCGCCCAUGUACGGUAAGCAGACUAUGAAGUUAAUCGUGGCUUUAGGAGAUAGCAUGUAUCGAAGGUUCAAUCGUUCUAGUGUACCUAAUAACUAAAUAUUUUAAAUCCAGCCAAGUGUUGCACUGACCUUAGAAAUCUGCAAGUAUGCUAUCACCAAAAGCCAUCAGGUUAAACCUGCAAUUACUCGUACCUAUGGGCAUGGGCUGACAAACAUACAGUUUACUAUAUGUUGAGAGUUUAUAUAUAAAAUAUAAUAUAAUCACUCUUUAAAAUGUUUUAUUACUUAUUACUGGUUGACUCAUAAAGUAUUGCCAGAUCCAAUUCUGUUCCAUUUGUUUCUACUUAUGUUAAUUCGCAGGACAUAAAUGUAUUAAACAUGUACCUAUGUA